UUUAACGGGUUUUCAGUUUUUUUUUCUCUCGAUGUCUUUGUUCAUGAGGAUUUGUAGCGGAGGAGAAAAGGUGAGAAAGAAGUCCGGCAAACAAGAAGAAGAGGAGGCAGAGAAACUCCCAGAGAGAGAGGAGAGUCUGCUGAAGAGGAGAGAAGCUCUGCUGGGGAAGAUCGAGCAGGAGCUGCUGCUGGUCAAGAACACCUGCAGGACGAACAGAAGAGUGGCUCUGCAGGCUCUGAGAAGAAAGAAGUGGUACGAGAAACAUCUGAAGAACAUCGACUGUGCUUUCAAAGCCAUGAGGUCGGCUCACGAACACAUAGACUACAUCAACAAGGUGAAUGAGCUGAUGAAGGACAUCGCAGAGCAGGACUCCAAGGAUCCAGACAUGUCAGACGGCAUCGACACCUCAAAGAGCUUCGGAGUCGAGUUUGAUGAGGAUGAGCUGCUGGCAGAGCUCGAGCGGCUGGAGAAGAGUCUGGACGAGAAUCUGUUUGAGAGCGACGGAAUGGAGGAGAGAGUCCAGUGUACCGAAGUGCCGCCCACUGCGUUGCCUUCACAACCUGGUAAGAACCUCCUUAACAGCAGAGGACGCGUCACACCACGCAUCAGACCGGCACUGAAGCGGCGGUGGACGAAGACGAGGACUUGGAAAAAGACUUGGAGUAUCUGCGGCGCUGGAUGAACGAGCCAUCGUAAAGCGUCAACACGAGUAAUAAACAGGCAGAAAUGAGA